CUGGCAAGAGCCGCCCUCAAGUGGCAGCGGUGUGAUUUGUGUGUGUGAGCGACAGAGACGGAAAGAGAGGGAGAGAGCAAAAGAGGGUACCAUUUACAACCAUCUAUCCAAAUCCAAUGGCAUGUGAGCGCAUUUGCGUGCUUUGAAUCAGAUGAUACCUGAGCACCUACACGACAGGUCUGCGCGCACGGUCAGCUGAACGAUGCGUCUCAAUAGUUCGCAACAGCGCAGCGUUGACUGUGAUGAAGAAAAACGAGGCAACCCAAAAGUUUAGUUUAGUAAGAAGGUAGUUAUCAGCCCCGCCUUAAAACAGGAGGAAUCUGUGGCGAUCAUGUUCUGAGUGAGAGGUGCGGAACAGACGGUGCAGGAUGAAGUCGGUGAUACGGAGCGCCAGACGGCGGCCGUUCCGGCGCUUCUGCUGCUGUGGAGUCGGGCUUCUCGCGGUUGUGUGGCUCGCACAGGUCCUGCAACUGACAGAGAUCAAGUCUUCAUGGCCAGAAACAGAGUUUCCCAGGCGCAGGGUCCUGCAGUAUGGAGUGGAAAAUCAAACAAUUGACACUCCCAGAGCAGCAAUUCAUGAGUUCCCUGAGGACAUUUUCACCAAAGAGCAGCGCAAGAGAGGAGCCAUACUACUGCACGUGCUGUGUGCAGUCUAUAUGUUCUACGCACUGGCUAUCGUUUGCGAUGACUAUUUUGUCCCGUCGCUGGAGAAGAUCUCAGAGAAUCUGCAGCUGAGUGAAGAUGUGGCCGGAGCGACUUUCAUGGCUGCGGGAAGUUCAGCUCCCGAAUUGUUUACUUCCUUAAUUGGUGUGUUUAUCACGAAGGGAGAUGUCGGCGUCGGCACCAUUGUUGGGUCGGCUGUCUUCAACAUACUGGUCAUCAUUGGAGUGUGUGGUAUCUUUGCCCGUCAGACGGUGGCCCUGACAUGGUGGUCUAUGUUCAGAGACUCGCUGUACUACAUCCUCUCAGUGCUGGCCUUGAUUUUGGUUAUCUAUGAUGAAAGAGUUGUAUGGUGGGAAUCAAUGCUACUGAUCUGCAUGUAUGGAGUUUACAUCCUUAUCAUGAAGUUUAACAGUCAGAUUGCCAGCUUUGUCCAGAGGUCAUGUGGCAAUCCAGGUCAAUGUUGUGUCAGGAGACAAACGUCCAGAGAUAAAGAGGCUGAUGAAGCGGGAGCAAACGGCAACACUUCUAUGGUGCUGUUAAGGAAAGCUCCAGCAGGUUCAGGACAGGAGUCUUCAGUAGUGAUGGUGGAUGAGAUGCUCAUCAUGAGGCCACACCAGCUCUCAUUCCCAGAGGCUGGACUGCGUGUCAUGAUCACACCACAUUUCUCUCCACGCACCCGUCUGAGUAUGGCUGGACGCAUGCUCAUCAGUGAGAGACAGAGACUGCUGCGGGAGAAUAGGAUGAGCAGGACCUCAGUGAAGACGUUUGGUUCUAGAGGGAUAGUGAACGGAGGAAGUGUUGAGGCGCAGCAGACACCUGAGGACACAGAAAUGAUGGAUGGUCAGAAAGGAGUGAAGGUGGAUGUGGAAAACUCUCAACCUGAAGAAGAGGAUGAGGAUGGGGACGAAAUGUUCAGACCUCUCCAUUUUCCUGCGGGCUACUGUGCGCGUCUGAAGUGGCUUGUGUCGUGGCCGCUGGCUGUUCUGCUGUACUACACAGUGCCUAACUGUGUUUUGCCACGUUGGCAUCGCUGGUUCAUGGUCACCUUCAUUGCAUCAACCCUCUGGAUUGCUAUUUUUUCCUACCUCAUGGUGUGGAUGGUCACAAUCAUCAGCUACACACUAGAUAUUCCUGAUUACAUCAUGGGAAUUACUUUCCUGGCUGCUGGCACCAGUGUACCCGACUGCAUGGCGAGCCUUAUUGUCGCCCGCCAGGGAUUGGGGGACAUGGCAGUGUCCAACUCCAUCGGCAGCAAUAUCUUUGACAUCCUGUUGGGACUGGGCUUCCCCUGGGCUCUGAGGACACUAGUGGUAGACCAUGGAUCAGCAGUAUCCAUCAAUAAUAAAGGCCUGGUUUAUUCUGUCAUCCUGCUGCUCGCAUCAGUCUUCCUCACAGUCCUGAGUGUGCAUCUGAACGGCUGGAAGCUGGAUCGGAGACUAGGUUUUGGGCUCAUGCUCCUUUACUCCAUCUUUCUGCUCUGCUCCAUCCUCUUCGGUCAGCUCUAGAGGCAAUGACACUCUUCAGCGCAUUCUUGAUUUGGUUUUAUUAUUAUAGUGCUUUUACUGUAGAUCAGGUACUAAAUCUUGGCAGAUUUCAUGCCUGAAUACAGUGUAGCACAAGAGGAAAUUGUGUGCACUACAGAAACAACCUCAGAAUGGUUUUCAAGAUCCGGUCAGUCCUUUGUUCUGUCCACAGCAGGAACGGUUAUGGUUUUUGAAUGUCUAAUUAAGCACUGCUUCAUGCUGGAAGGUUUACUGUAUAAUAUAAUAGUUUCUGUCUUCAGUCGGCUCAGGAUGCUGACGACUUACAGAAACGCUUAAGUAUUUCAAACAGGCACUGUUUACCUGCUUAUGACUUCAGUAAUUCUUCUUGGCAGUAUUUUACCCUUGUGAAAAAGAAGUACAUUUUGGUGUACUUGAAGACAUAUUAUGAGGAAAAAAAACAUACUUGAAGAGUUUAAAGAGUACUUAAUAUGGAAAAAAAUACUUUAAGUGAAUACACAUACUUUUAUUGCAUGUUAUUUGCAAUGAAUAAAAUUGAGUUGUAGUUUAAAUUUUUUUCCAAAUGCAAUUAGUUAAGCUUAGGAGUUUUUUUUUACCUACUUAAGUAGGAUUAAGUGCAUCUUUAUAUGUAAUUUGAGAAUUACUUCUGUUGUCUUUAAAAUAUGGUAAAGUAUUGUGAAGUAUUUAAAUGUUCGUAAUUACACAUUUGUUGCAAUCUAGUAUGUUUAAAAUUACAGUCAAAUAUAUUAUAUGUAAGAAGGAAGGACAUGAUGUGUGGCCAAGUAUGGUGACCCAUACUCAGAAUUUGUGCUCUGCAUUUAACCCAUCCAAGUGCACACACACAGUAGUGAGAAGUGAACAAACACGCACACACACACACACACCACAGUUGGGGGAUCGGUGCCUUGCUCAAGGGACUCACCUCAGUUGUGGUAUUGAGGGUGGAGAGAAUGCUGGUUAUUCACUCCCACCACCUUCACUCCCUGCCAGACCUGGGACUCAAACCCACAACCUUUAGGUUAUAAGCCUGACUCCCUAACUAUUAGGCCACGGCUGCCCCCAUACUUUGGUAUGUUAGUCAACACAUCAAAAUAAGUAUACUUUCUUUAAAGCAUGACAAAAGAUUAAAACAAUGAUUUAAAAGUAAAUUUGAUAUUAUUACAGUCACUUUUUAAAAGUCUACUUAAGUCUGUUAAUAAACAUUCACUUAAGUGCCCUUUUAUUUCAUGAUUAGCAAGUAAUUUUUCAAAAAUACGCUUUUAAGAUUUGAAGUGUACUACAAGUGCACUGAAAACAAUUUCUUCUUCAUAACUUCUUUUUCACAAGGGUAUCCCUGUUGCUAUGUUCUGAUUGGCUGAGCUGCACUGUAAGUGCACCAAUAGAGAUUAUACCAGCACAGGGAUGUUUCACAGUUUGUAUUACUUUGCCAGUCUAUUAUAGCCUAUGUAUGCAACCCCUCUCACUAUUGAAGAAAUGAAAAACCUGUAGUGUAGCUGGACCGAAGUGAUUACAAAAUGCUUUAAGCAUGAAGGGAAAUCUCUGUUGUUCAGCCUUAUUACUGUUACCUGAACUUUUUUUUUAUUGUUUAGAGGAAUAGUUUACCCAAAAAUGAAAAUGUGCUGAACAUGUACUCACUCUCAGGCCAUCCAGGAUGUGGAUGAGUUUGUUUCGUCAUCAGAUUUGGAGAAAUGUAGCAUUACAUUUCUUGCUCACCAAUAGAUCCUUUACAGUGAAUGGGUGCUGUCAGAAUGAGAGUCCAAACAGCUGAUAAUAACAUCACAUUAACCCACAAAUAAUCCACACCACUCCAGUCCAUCAAUUAAUGUUGUGUGAACAGAAAGACUGCGUGUUUAUAAGAAACAAAUCCACCAUGAAUACGUUUUUAACAAAAAAUACAAAAAAGACCAAAAAGGAACAUAUUCCUUAAACUACUGCACACGCAACAACACAAAUAGCCUUAAAUUGUUUCUUUAACUAUUGUUUUGUUGAAAUUCUGAUCACUAGUUUGUGAAUUAUAGUUAGUUUACCCAAAAAUGAAAAUCCAAACUUACGUAAUUUAUGUUCUUUGGUGGAACAUAAAAGAAAAUCUUUUAUGAAAUGUCUCUCUGUUCUGUUUAUGUCUUUACUAUGAAAGUCAGUGGUCCCCAAAACUAUUUGGUUACCAAAUUAAUCAAAAUAUCUUCUGUUGUAAUAGAUUCAUUUUUGGGGGAACUAUCCCUCUAAGAAUCAAUUACCACUCAUCACACAAUAGUAAACUAGUAUAAAAGACCGUUAAAGUUUAUUAGACGAUAAAGGUUAACCAAACAGAUAGCUUGCCAGUAAAUUACAGAUCAACUAAUUUAUUGCUGUUGACUUAUGGUCAUGUAAUCACAAUGUCAGCAUGUAGUCCAUGAAAAAGUAACUGUACUCUGAUUACUUGUUUGUUUUUUAAAUGUAUUCUAAUUACAAGUAUUUGGUUUUUGAUUAUCAGAUUAUGUAAUAGCACUGGUUAUAUAAAGACUGUUUGUUUCCUGUAGUUAUUGACAAAGUAAUCACGUUGUGGUAAUUCUGUCUUUAAUCUGUUUGCACUGACUGUAGCAAUACUUCUGAAUUCAUAGACUGAUAAUUUGUCUUUGAUGAUUUAUGUACGUGUGGGAAUAUUUGUAGAAACAAUAGUUCUUUUAGCAAGAAGCUAAUAUAUAUUUAAACAACAACAACAACACAGGUUUGCCUGUAGUAGUAAUUUAAUGUGACCGUAUUUUUGAUAGUUGUUUUUGGAUGUUUUUAAAAAGAGGUUUGUAACUGGUUGUUAUAGAAUAUAAUACAUGUGUACUGAACCUUUUUAGUGAAAUUUAAGAUCUUCCCCUAAAAAUGGUUCAUUUUAAUAGUUGUAAAUGGAAAAUACAAUGUUUAUAGUAUUGAAAAAAAAAGAAAUAUUUAGGGUUAUUUGUUAUUUAUAUAGAUUUAGAGUUGUUUGUUAAGUAUGAGAGUACAAAAAAUGAAAUAUUUACUGUUUAUAUUUAACUACGAUUUGCCUAGUUUUAUAAAGUCUAGUUGAAGUGUUUUUAACAUUUCUGUAUUAUUACAUAGAAAUGGAUAUGGUGUGAGUAGUGUUGUCUUUUAGACUGAAGGAAAAUCAAUGAGUCUAACAUUAAUGUCUGCUCUAUGCUCUGCUAAAAGAUCGCUAAACAUAUUUGAGACCUCCAACUAUUGAUGUUCACAUCUUUUAAUAUGAAGUAUACGGUUGUACACUUUCACUACUGAUACCAGUUUGUAUGUAGAAAAGCAGUCUGUUACUUCUGUCCUGUGAGAUUCAACUAAUUUUGUAUGAGUGAUAAUACUGAGAUUUGCAGAAUGAUUACUGCAAUCACAAAACAGUGCUGUCACUAAAUAAUAAUUAUGGUGGAGAGGGGAAAAUCAAAUGCUUCAUGGCUUUUCCAAAAAUGUAUUCUGUACAAAAAAGGCUGUUCUUGUGUGCAAUAAAAGGUGCAAUAAUAAGAA